AUGGCGGCCGCGCUGCUCGCCCGUGUUCUAUCGGCGGUGCCCGGUCCGCGGUACCUUCUCAGAUGUAGUAAUACCUGCAUGGUGGAGAAGUGGUUUUCAAAAUAUAUUAGUUCAGAUAACCGUCCAAAGCAGCCUCUGACAGCCUACAUACGCUUUUAUAAAGACCAGCAACCGAUUUAUAGGAAACAAAAUCCAGAUAUAAGUCCUUUGGACAUAACAAGACAGAUAGCACAUGCUUGGAGGGAGCUGCCAUCAUGUGACAAACAAGCUUAUGAAGCAGCUGCAAAGAUUGAAAGGCAGACUUACAAAGAACAGAUGGCCAAAUACAAAGCCCAGUUAACUCCUGCUCAGGAAGAAGCUUUGAAAGAAGAAAAGAGAAGGAAAGUGGCAAAAAGAAGGGCAACAAGGAGAAAAAGACAAUUAACAGUGCUUGGAAAACCUAAAAGACCUCGUACUACCUUCAAUAUUUUUAUGUCUGAACACUUCCAAGAAGCUAAAGGAGCCUCAGUUACGGGAAAGAUGAAAAAUCUAUUCGAAGAAUGGCAAAAAUUGCCCAGUUCUAUAAAACAGACGUAUUAUCAGCUUGCUGAAGAUGAUAAGAUCCGGUAUGAAAAUGAAAUGAAGUUAUGGGAGGAACAUAUGGCAGAAAUUGGCCGUGACGAUCUUAUACGUAUUAAAAACAGAAGGAAAAUGUCUAAAGAAAAGAAAACUGUAAGAAAAGCAACUUUAAAAAAGCGGGAUACAACUUUAAAGAAGCCAUUGGGAAGCAAAAGGGCUUCACCAGCACCUAGUGUGAAGAAAUCUGAAGAAUAAAAGGUGAAAUAAAUUAUGUUUUGUCCUUCCUGAGUGCAGUCAUUAAUGCAUUCAGAAAUUACGCUUGGCUGGAAAGGAGCUGAGGUGAGAUUGUUUGCUUGAGAAAAAGAAACUUGGAAUGACAAAGUUUUAAAUUUCUGGAAAUUGUC